AUGUAUCUAUCAGUCAAUGCUGUGACCAUUGUCUUGGUCACGCUGCAAUUCGGAGCAGUUCAUGGCCAGCAACCUAAGCCUAUGAUUCUCGCAGAUACCAACCGUGACGGUAUCGUGGAUGACAGCGACGCCACGGACAGAGCAUUCUGGACCCCUUCUCGCGGCGCCAUCUUCCUUCCAAACGGCAACCCUAUCAGUAAUCACGAGCUAGCAUCUUGUCACGAUGCUUCUGGCCACCUACUCCUUGAGCCAAGCCUGGUUGCUCCCCUGAAGACGAUCCCAUUAGAAGUUUCAGACGACACUAUUGCCCACAUCUACGCCACGCCUGACGCCGCAUCUGAAAGGGUUCGUCUCUUUUACCUGAAUGAUUCGUCCGCCAACCCCGCCGAGACUGCCUCUUGGAGCUUUGUGGAUCUUGAAUUUACCUUCAAUGCAAGCCAUGUCCAAGCCGGUAUCACUCUCGGGAUUGACGGGUAUGAGUUUGUGAAGGAUUUGGCAAAAUGGGACGGCAAAGUAAGGGUGCAUUUUGAUGUUCACGCCAAUGGCACUGUCGUAUUCGACGUCGUUGAGCUUAAGGUGGCUCCAGUUCUGAACCAUCACCAUCUCCAACGUGUCAGCGCCUUUCUCGAUUUUCUCAGCCGACUUGAUGAAGCGCGGAAGGCGGCAGGGAUAAAGGAGCCAUUAUAUCUGUUCAAUCAGAGUGACGAUAUUUGGGCCCAGGAUUUUGUUGAACCAGCAUAUGCUAGCACGCCUGGACCUAACGGCCAACCGAUCUCGCUCAGAAUUAUGUUGAGGUCGGCACAGUCAGUUCGUACUGCUGAAAGACAGGUCUUUGAGCCGCUUCGCGGGAAAGGCGUUGGUGGUUUCCAGCCUGAGGGGGGACGCGGCGGCUAUGGCGCCCGAGAAAUCAACGCAUACGGCAACCUCGAAACGAUCCCACCUUACACGUCUAAGAGUGGAGUCAAAUAUCCUGCCGGCCGGAUUAUUCAUGGCAAGUAUUAUGACAAGAUGCUAGCGGAAGCUACGAUUGCCUGCUUGGAAGGCUAA